AAUAAAUCAAUAAAAAUAAUAAUAACAAUAUAUUUUAAUAAAAACUAAAAUUACUAUAAAUAAUAUUACUAUACUAUAAUAAUAAUAAUAAUAAUAAUAAAUAAAAAAAUUGUGUUGUAAAAAAAUCAUAACUAAAAAUUAAAUUUAAAUAAUAAUAUGAAAUUAAAAAUAGUAUUAUUAUUUUGUUUAAUUACAUUAAUAAUAAACUUUGUUAAUUGUAAAACUACUCCAAAACCAACUAAAGUAGAAAGUUCUGAAGUAGAAAAUGUUGAAUCCGAUACUCCACCUUUAUCAUCAGAAGCUGCAAAUUCAUUCGAUGACGAAACAUCAUCAGUCCCUAGCAAAGGUAAACCUUCCACAAAACCUAAAGCAUUUGAUCCAAAAGAAUUAUAUUUAUGCGGUGAUGAUGUAUCAGUAGAAGAAGAAUACGAUUCAUUCAAUGGUGUUAUCAGUAGUGUAAAUGACGAUCCAUAUCAAUGUUUCCUUUCACCAAAAAACAUUGGAGGUAGCGCAAAAGGUAUGACCUUAGCAUUGGAAAGUAAAACCUGCCCAACUGGCUGUCUUGGUCACAAAUACUCAUGUGCUGAAGUAGAACACUCUUCAAAAAUGACAUAUGGUACCUACUCUGUUGUAAUGGCUGCUUCACCAGCUUCAAAUACUGUAACUAAAAUCUAUGCUUCAACUGGUGGCAAAGGUCAAUACAGCGAUAUAUUUUUCAAGAUUGAAGGUAACACAACAACCCUCAAAUAUGGUUACACAUCAUAUGGUAAAGUAACUGAAUUCAAAAAUACCAUUUCUGGUUCAUCAUUUGAUAUUGCAAAUAACUAUACCUUUGUAUAUUCUGAAGAAAUGUUGGUUUGGUAUUUCAAUACUCGUCUUCAAGGUGAAAUCAAUACUAAAUAUGCAGGUCCAAAAUCACCACCACCACCAUUAAGAUUCCGUAUCUCUGUUACCAAUAAUGAAAACAAACCAAUUAAAGAAACAGUUUUACCAACCAAAGCUACCAUCAAAACUUUCAACUAUGUUUCUGUCAAGUGCCCAACUGACUCUGAAUCUGAUGAAGAAACCAACUGGGGUCCUCAAAAAGCAUCUUACAAAUACUUCUCAAGCAACUGUACCACCUAUAGACCAUAUUGGAUUUUCAAUGAAACUUUAAAUGAAGAAGAAGGAUGGACAACUGAAUUAUCAAACGGUACCUAUAGAGAACAAAGUAUCUAUUUCCAAAGAAUCGGUUAUAACAUUGCUUUUGGUUUCAAUGAAUAUGCUAAAAACUUACGUUUCUCAAAUAGAAAAUCAUUCCCAAUUAAAAGACACAAGUAUUUAAUGUUUUGGAUGAAUGGUGGCUUCAGAGGUGGUCAAAGUCUUGCAGUUUACUUAACAUAUAAAAGAAGCAAAAUUGCAUCAGUUAAUUUAGGUGACUUUGUAAUUGGUGGUAUUCAAAAAGAGCAUUGGUACAAAGUAAUUAUUCCAAUGAAAUCAUUCCAAGUUGUUAACCCAAAUAACACUUUAAUGGAUGGAUUUAUGAUCCAACCAACCUAUGAUGGAUACAUGGAUAUGGCUUAUUUUGAUGAUGUAUUAUUUUCAAAUGGAACAAUUUGUAUGGAACCAAACGAUCAAAUGGAAGUCUUCAAAAACGGUAAAUUAGGAAAUGGUGACCCAUCACAAUCCGUUGCUAAUGUUAACUUUGCAAGUACCGCAAUGAAAUAUAAAAACAAACCAACUAUUGAAUAUCAAAUAGAAAACAUCAAUAGAUUACAAUUGAACUUUAUGAAUGGAAGUGUUGGUAUUGAUGAAUAUGAUGGUAUGAUUUUCAAUCUCUACUACUAUCCAGAUAAUGCUUAUAUUUACCAAGGCCAAGAAGAUUUAGAACAACACACAUACACAAGACCUUUAGAUUGCAAGAUCUGUCUUUUAAAUGAAGCUGGUACUGGUGAAUUCCCAUGUUUAUCACUUUCAGAAUAUGUAGGUGGCAUUUUCCCUUCAAACAAAUGGGUACAAUUAUCAAUUCCUUGGAAUGAUUUAGCAGUUGAUUUCUAUGGUGCCAAAAUAGGUGGUGUUGUCGUUAAAACUGAUUUAGGUGGUAUUCAUCAAGGUACACUCUAUAUCUCCACAAUCACUGCAGCUCACUACAAACCACCACACGUAGAUGAAACAGACUCCUCUUUUGCUAUAAAAUUAAAUUUACCAACAACAUUAAUUUUAUUAAUUUUAUCAAUGGUUUUAAUAAUUUAAAUUUAUUAAAAUUUUAAUAAAUUAAUAAAUAAAUAAUAAAAAUACAAAUAAUAAUAAUAAUACAAAUAAUAAAAAAAACAAUUUGUUUAUAAAUAAAAAAAAAUCUUUAUAACUUUUUUAUAAAUUUAUUUAUUUAUAAUUAAAAAAAAUUUAAAAACU